AGAGUUGUAGAUGAUAUCUAGAGCUGUUUAGGGUUACAUUAGGUAUCCUUUACAGAGAUAGUAUUGAAUCAUAAUUUAACCAAGAAAUAGAUGAUGAUAAAAACAUACCUUUAUCAGACAGGAGUGAUAUUAUGACUGCUCCAAAUGUGCUUCUGUUUCCAGAGCAAAACCCUGACCUACAAAUUCAGUGAAUUAUCCAAGUCUACUAUCCAGGUCAAGAACCAAGAAGGAGAGGCAGGAGUAUUCACAUUUGACUUCCUUUCUGAUAUGACAACUCAUCCCAAGAUAAUUGACCAAGGAGUGCAUUUCACUCAGGGAGGAGAAUACUUGGAUAUUGACGGGCCAUUAUUCGAAUAUGAGGACUUCUGUUCUAUAGAGACGUGGGUCUUCAUUCGGAAGCUAAACUCAGCCACUUUUGUCAAUAUGAAUAUCACACAAAUUGUGGCAGGCUCAAGUCCAGUCAUCCAGCGUGCGAAAUUUGUGUUCCUCUUAAGUAAGUUCUAGAAAAUUUGAGAAUCAUUCAGAAGUCCUCAGAUUCAUCUUUAAAUUUUAUUUCUUG